CACAUCAUCUUCUGUGUCCGGACAGCUAGAAAGAUUCUACUUUUGGGGAUUUGGGGAUUAGGGUUUCCUAAGUUGUCUCUGUUAAAAGUGAUAGCGAAUUGGCAUUUUGGGUGAAGGGGACAACUGGGGUCAAGGUUUUGGGUUUAGGGUUUUGAGAAAUUAUUCUACUUUUUGGAUUUUGGGUUUAAGAUUUUUCUAGCGAUCUCUGUUGAAAGUGAUCGUCUUUCACUGUUUUCUUAAGUCACACUGAUCUGGACAGUGAAGGGGACAACUGGUUCAAGUUUUUUUGUUUUGGGUUCUCUGACGAGAGAUGUCUGAUGCUUCAGGCAUUGAUGAAUCUGUUCUCAAUCUGUUGGAAGCCAUUCAGGCAUGACGGCGAGAAAUCCGAGGGGAAUAGCGUGCUUGGUGGCGGUGGUGCGAGGGAGGGAGAAGACGGGCUGCUUUGGUUUCGUGAUAUAGGGAAAUAUGGGUCGGGGGAUUUCUCCAUGGCCGUGGUUCAAGCCAACCAGGUGCUAGAGGACCAGUGCCAGAUCGAGUCCGGGCCGUUUGGUACCUUUGUUGGGGUCUAUGAUGGGCACGGUGGACCGGACGCCGCCCGCUAUGUUUGCGAUCACCUAUUUAGGAACUUUCAAGCAAUAUCAGCUGAGUCCCGAGGAGUUGUGACAACUGAGACCAUCCAAAGGGCUUUUUGUCAAACAGAAGAAGGUUUUACCGCCCUUGUGUCAGAGUUAUGGAGUACUCAACCAGAAGUUGCGACAAUGGGGUCAUGCUGUCUGGUUGGAGUGAUAUAUAGGCAAACACUCUUUGUUGCAAAUCUUGGAGAUUCCCGUGUUGUGUUGGGAAAGAAAGUUGGCAACACUGGAGGAAUUGCUGCCAUUCAAUUGUCAACAGAACAUAAUGCAAAUAAUGAAGCCAUACGGCAGGAACUCAAGGAAUUACAUCCCAAUGAUCCCCAAAUUGUUGUUCCUAAGCAUGGAGUAUGGAGAGUAAAGGGCAUUAUUCAGGUUUCUAGAUCCAUAGGCGACGUUUAUAUGAAACAUGCUCAGUAUAACAGGGAACCAAUUAAUGAAAAAUUCCGAGUUCCUGAACCCAUAAACAUGCCUAUAUUGAGUGCCAAUCCAACUAUCAUCUCUCAUGCUCUCCAACCAAGUGAUUCUUUCCUUAUAUUUGCAUCUGAUGGUCUGUGGGAACACUUGACUGAUGAAAAAGCUGUGGAUAUUGUCCACGGUCAUCCACGGGCAGGAAGUGCCAAAAGGCUUGUCAAGGCUGCCCUUCAAGAAGCAGCAAGAAAGCGAGAAAUGAGAUACUCUGAUCUUCGAAAGAUUGGCAAGAAAGUACGUCGCCAUUUUCAUGAUGACAUAACUGUUAUUGUUUUAUUUUUGAACCAGGACCUUAUCUCCAGAGGCAGUGUGCAAGACCCUCCAAUCUCCAUCCGAAGUGCUCUGGACCACUGAUUGGGAUACAGAUUACAGAACCAAACCAAAUGAAUUUCUCCUUCCUCUGGUUUUGGUCAACGCUGGAAGAAUACACUAUACCUCCCCUUCCCCAUCUCAAAAACUGCACUGACAUAUCAGUCGGAUUGCAUAACUGAUUCUAAGACUGCUUGUUUUAAGAGGCUUCAAAUUUGUAAAAUGUUUGUUUCCAGGAAUAUAACUACCAUUUACUACGGAAUUCAAUGGAUGUCUUUCUGAAUCUCUAUUCUUCUCUUCAAAUUUUAUCAAUUCAAGUCUGCACCCUACGGCAUAGAAAAAGAAGGUUGUGUUUUACCCCUUUUUUUGAACGAGGGUAAUUGGGGGAAGGAAGAUUGUUUCAAAGUCCUUGAUAAUGGUAGAACUCCCAACCUAAGGAAACCCAAGAACUAAGAUUUGAGGAUUACUAGAACCCCAAGGCCGGUUGAAUUCAAGGUUGUGCCGUGAACUCUGGAAUUUAGGUUAAAUCUUCAAUUUGGUCCUUGAAUUAUUGUAUAGACCCCUAAUUUGGUCUUUAAAUUAAAAAAAUUCUUGAUUU